CUCACUUGAGCUAACUCAAGCUCGCAGUUUGCAAGCUGUGAAUUACGUUCGAACAAUAGAGUUCUAGCGUGCUGCAAGAUCGCCAGGCAGGCACUCGGCACAUUGCCUUGAUCGAGCGCAGGUUUGAGAUCUCGCUAGACCGCUCCCGCUUGGAGAAUCAGCACAAUGUACGACAUUGGACAAGCUACAACAUUUGAUGGCCUCCCAGCCGACAUCUCGUCCAACGCUCCUGAAGGCAUUCUUUGGCUCAAGUCAUUUUGGACAAGCCUCGACAGCCUCGACACGUCCGCUUCCCCACCAUUGACCGCUGUGGUAUCGCCAGUCUGUCAAUUCCGCGUUAAUGGGUCUGAGCCGCGAGAUCUCAACCACAUACAGGAAUCUUUCUCGCAGCGUUCUCAAUUCCUGAGCGAGUUUGGACACACAAAGUACCCUGUCAAGGUCAUUGAUGUGGAUCUUGGAAACGGAAAACGGUUGCUCAGCGUGCAAAGUACAAGCGUAUCCGUAAUUAAAGCGGAUCCAGACCAGACAGAACUCAGAGUAGCUGAGUCGACUGUCAUAGAGCUUGAGACAUACGAGGGGAAGCUUCUGGCGACGAACGUAGUCUCUUACUUGGAUCCCAUGCCAGUGUUGGCCAAGAUGCAAGAAGUCACGACAAUUCCUCAACCCUGAGCUAUGGGCAGCGAGGCAAAGUAGGAUAACAGCAUGGAAAGGGUUGAAGUAUUCAGUCAUUUCGUAUCAUGUGAUAUGCACCGUCCUAUCUAGCUGUAGACUAUUCCCAGAAACGUGCGGAUUAAAAUGAAAAAGAAAAUGCAACUAUGCAUUCUCAAACUUGUUAAUCAAAGAUCCAAUGUAAG